UUACUAUUUGAAACUGUUAAAUGAUAUAGAAUUGUUUGGUUCAUCACUUCAUUACCUAAUUGUAUCCUUCAGUUUAAUUGACAUGACUUGGGUGAUGAUGUUUGCGGUGACUGUUUUGGUUUCUUAUGGUUUAUAUAUGGGGACAGAUCUAGUGUGGGGAUAUACAUGGGGACAUCAAAGCCUUCUUUGUUUUCUUUUCUUUUCUUUUCUGACCUGCUUGAUAUAUGUCUACUGUUCAUUCAUUUAUUUUUGGUUUCAGCACAUUGAAUCGGUCAUGAUUGUUUAGUAAAUUUGGCAAAUAGAGUCACAAAAUGGUGAUUCUUUCCUCGUUGCCGCAGACCUAUUCAGCUUUCGUUCAACUAGGUACUCCUUUUCUGCCAUCAAAGUUUCCAGCAAGAGUUGAUUAUCACAGAGAUGUUUCUCUAACACCACAGACAAUUUCUAGAACAAAGAUAAGACAAAAACAUGUAAACCAUAGUUGCACCAAAUUUGUGAUCUCUGCUGCAAGGAAUGAUCAUCUAAACUAUGAUGAUGAUUUGCCUGAGGAGCCCUUUUUGCUAUCUUUGAUCAAGGAUGCCUUAUGGGGGCUAAAAUCGUUAUUUGUAUUUUUGGUUGAGCAACCUAGCCAGCUGAAGUACAUAGAGUGGCCAAGCUUUAGUAGUACGCUGAGGACUGCGAUUCUGACUCUCGUACUGGUUGCAUUGCUUAUUGUUGCAUUAUCAUCUGUUGAUUCGGCUCUGUGCUAUCUUUUGGCUUUAGCUCUUCGGAAGAGUCCAUAACCAAGUGUUCUUGCCUGUGUUACCAUAAUACAUAAGCAAAUUGACUUCAGAUGCUUGUAAUAUAUUUAGGUCUAUCCCCGUUUACAUGGAAAUCUUGACUCCUAUUUUGAUGAACUGGAAAACUUUUUAUUAAAGUCAUGAUCCUGUUAACAUAAUUCCAUGGCUGGGAACUUGAUAUGGAAUUGGAUAUUUAUGAGUAUAACUAUAGGUAGUUGAGGGGUAAAAAGGUUAUCGAAGUCAGCAGUUCUCAAAUUUACAAGUCAAUUAUAUAGAUAAAUGAUGAAAGCCGGACAUGGCGAAAUCUAAUUCUUCGUCGAGCUACAGCAAGAUUAUAAUUAGGAAUUACUUAGGGUAUAUUUCACUAAGUAGCUCAACACAUUAUUACCACUGAUCAUGUCAAUCAACCAGUGCGUGUAACAUCAAAGGAAAAAUAAAUAGAAAUAAAACACUUGGAUUUG